CUCCAUUUCUUGUUCUCUUUCUCUCUCUAUUCUGUUUUCUUCCUCCCUUUCUCUCUCUAACCUCUCUUCCACCUCACAUAAACCUAACCUAGGGUUUCACUUUUCAACCAUUUUUCUUCUCGCUCUCUUCUCCAUUUUCAUCAAUUCAUCAUGAGUUUACGCAAGGGCUCCAAGGUUUGGGUUCCUGACAGGGACUUUGCUUGGUUACCUGCUGAAGUACUCGAAUCUUCCGAAAAGCAAGUUCGCGUUGAAACGGAUUCCGGCAACAAGGUUGUUGUUGUUGCUCCGGAGAAAUUGUUUCCUAGGGAUGCCGAUGAAGAUGAGCACGGCGGAGUCGAAGAUAUGACGAGGCUGGCUUAUUUGAAUGAACCAGGAGUGUUGUACAAUAUUCGGAGAAGAUACAUGCUUAAUGAUAUAUAUUAUGGAAAUAUGGCUCUCUGUCACCAUUUCUCUGGGUCAUCGUAUAAUAGUAUACGGCAUGCAUUAUUGUCACUCUUUGUUGAGGAAAUUAAUGCUUUUAUUUAUGAAGACCUUUUAUUGAGGGUUAUCUCAUACAUGGGUGCAUUACAAAUGCCUAAACUAGUGCAUAAUUAA